AUGGCCAGGCAUACAAAGAGUCGUACUCAGCCUAAGCCGCCAAGCGGCCCUGCGAAUGGCAAAGGCAGCGCGGCGUCUGUGAGCAAAACUCCGAAGUCUAUGGUUAUCCGUAUCGGAGGUUCUCGAGUCGGCAGCAGUGUCAGCCAACUUGUAAAAGAUGUUCGUCUCAUGAUGGAACCGGAUACAGCAGUGCGACUGAAGGAACGCAAAUCGAACAGACUUAGGGACUACACGGUCAUGGCCGGCCCUCUCGGUGUCACCCAUCUCCUUCUUUUCUCAAAGUCGUCCACCGGAAACACGAAUAUGCGCUUGGCGCUUACACCGCGCGGCCCUACCCUCAACUUCAAAGUGGAAAGCUACUCUCUGUGUCGUGACGUCGAGAAGGCUCAAAAACGCCCACGAGGCGGAGGUCAGGAUCACAAGACACCACCUUUGCUUGUGAUGAACAACUUCAACAGUGCCGAUGCCGACGAGAACUCGAAGGUGCCUAAGCGCCUUGAAAGCCUCACGACCACCAUAUUCCAGUCACUCUUCCCGCCGAUCAACCCUCAAGCCACACCUCUCCAAUCUAUCCGCCGUGUAAUGCUACUGAAUCGAGAGCCGGCUUCUGAGUCUGAUGACGAGGGCUCUUACGUGCUCAACUUGAGGCAUUAUGCGAUUACCACCAGAAAGACAGGCAUUUCCAAGCGAAUUCGACGGCUAGAUCCGAAAGAAGUGCGAAAUAGAGAAAAGCACAAGUCUGCUGUACCCAAUCUGGGAAAGCUAGAAGAUGCCGCAGACUAUCUGUUAGAUCCUUCGGCCGCGGGCUAUACGUCAGCCAGUGAAACAGAGCUAGACACGGAUGCAGAGGUCGAGGUUGCCGGAACCACUACAAGGAAGGUUCUGACGAAACGGGAGAUGCAGCGCAUGAAGUCGGGAGAGAAAGUCGGCAAUAAGACAGCCACGACGGAAGUCGAAAAACGGGCUGUCAAGUUGGUUGAAUUGGGCCCGAGGUUGAGACUCAGACUGAUCAAGGUCGAGGAUGGAUUGUGCGAAGGACGGGUUAUGUGGCAUGACUACAUCCACAAGUCUCAGCACGAGGUCGAUGCAUUGGAUAAGAACUGGGAUAAGAAGAUGAAGGAGAAAGAAGCCCGGAAGAAGCUGCAGAAGGAAAAUGUCGAACGGAAGAAGCAGGAGAAAGCUAAAGCUCGUGCUGAGGGCAACGAAGUUGAGGACGACGAAGAUGACCUGGACGAUGAGGAUCUCGACAUGGAUGAUGAGUGGGUUAGCGAUGACGAGGUAGAUGAGGACCAGGGAGAGGUGGAAGAAGAAGAUGGUGAUGAGUCUAUGGAUGAGUGA